UGUACGUAUGCCCUUUUUAUUUCUCACUCUUGAAAAGCAUUUAAUCUUAAUUUGAGUUAAUAUAUCUAUUAGGCAAUUUAUACAUCCUGCACAUAUGCAUACACAUUUGCAUCAGCAUUACAUAGAAAAUCUUCAAAGUUCCACGACAGCUGUCACCAAUCACAAUACUAUUUACAAGUAUACACUGCAAAACUUUAAAAACUGAUUUAUAUGUCUAGCUCUUAACCAAAUUUUAUUUACUUUAGAUCUGUAUCCAUGACUUUUUAGAGUAGCAAUAUUAAGUUGUAGUCUAACGCCAGCUGGAAGUAAAACUCAAUGGUAUAUCAUAUUUCUGUAUAUGUAGUCACAAUUUUUAAUUUUAAUGGCUUAUAUUCCACCAUAUUGUUAUGCCAUCAUUUACUCCAAAUGUUUUCAAGUUUUCAUAUUACAAAGUGCAAUUACAAAUAUAAUUGUGUCAAAGGCAGGAAGUUUGCGUGUUAUCACUUUUGUUUACAUUAAAAUAAAUGGAAUUUAUUGGAAUUUUAAAAAAUCCAAGUAAAGAGAUGUUUUUUCUAUUUACACACUGUGUAGGAGGCAAAUUAUCCUAUGUACGUUUUACAACUACAUUACUAUCAGUAGGACCACGGUUUGGAAAGCCAGUUGCAUACUGCUAAUCUAAUACAAAUGUAAGGUGGCAUUAACAUCGCAUAUUCACAGAUUUAAGGGCUUGAAUAAAAGCUGAUCAGGAAACCCCCAAAACUGCUUCUUCCCCCAUCUUUGGCUUUACAGUAAAACACUGACAUUCUUUCAGAGACUGUCAGACUGGGCUUAUAAUUUUCUAGUAAGAACCACUCAGUGAGGAAGUUCAGUUGGUCGAGGAAGAGCUUCAGCAGAUGCUUUGAGGCAGCACCGAGGUUUGAUCGGGCCAAGCCCCUUCCAACUGGGCUGGUCACUUGGUCUGCAGCUGGGGUGACGCUCUUCGUGGGUGGGUAGUGUGAAGAAAGAUUGUAGCUCGUAGCUUCCGAGGCCAGACCUUGGCCAGGACUCACGCGGACAGCAGAGAGCCUUGGGGACUAAGGACGGAUCUGCGCGCCUCCCUGCCUCUUGUCCGCCGGGAGGUUCUGCGCAGGCGCGUUAGUUGUGCGACAGCCGUCACUUACGGCCGGAGCUGUUUGUGCUGGGAGCUGGUGGCGCGGAGCAGGGCUCUUAAGAACGAACGGCUUGGGUGCGGACUGGUAUCCGGGGACUGUGACUUGCAGGGUCCGCCAUGGAGCCAGAACAGAUGCUGGAGGGACAAACGCAGGUUGCAGAAAAUCCUCACUCUGAGUACGGUCUCACAGACAACGUUGAGAGGAUAGUAGAAAAUGAGAAGAUUAAUGCAGAAAAGUCAUCAAAGCAGAAGGUAGAUCUCCAGUCUUUGCCAACUCGUGCCUACCUGGAUCAGACAGUUGUGCCUAUCUUAUUACAGGGACUUGCUGUGCUUGCAAAGGAAAGACCACCAAAUCCCAUUGAAUUUCUAGCAUCUUAUCUUUUAAAAAACAAGGCACAGUUUGAAGAUCGAAACUGACUUAAUGGGAAGAACAGAAAAAUUUAGUUGCUACUGUAGAUUUACAUGAUUAAGAGGCAGCUUUAAUUGCCAUGAUUAUUCCCCCUUUUUGGAUGCAUAAGAACCUUCCGGACAACAGAACCUAUUUCUGGAACUGCAGAAGAUAACAUAUUUCCCUUAUUUUGAUUUAAUCACCAUAAACCAUACCUAUUUAAUGAGUGUAUUCUGUGCAGUUUUUUCUCAGAUUGUCUUUGUUUAAAAACUUUGUUUUUAAAAUGACCUUCAAAAUAAACUGUCAAAACACCA